GAAUUUCUUUUAUCGUUGACAUUGUUGUGUUUUCCCACACUCCACAAAAUGAGCGAGCCAACAAAAGAGGGGAAAUUAUGUGGUACCAUAUUGCCUUUCUUUCGAUUUACGCAGCCGAAGCUGCACUCAAACUGAUAGGUCUUGGUUUUAGGAAGUACUUCCACUCCGGGUGGAAUCUAUUUGACUUCUUUGUGACUCUUGCUGGUUUCUUUGGUGUAGUUAGAACAUCGUUCAGCUUUAUCGUUGGUCUGAGGCCUCUGAGACUUCUGUUGCUCUUUAAAUUGAAGCAGAGAUACCGUGAUGUGUUCGACACAAUGGGUGUCUUAUUACCGCGAAUGGCCAGGAUGGCUUUGGUUAUUCUUCUGAUGUAUUACUCGUUUGGAAUCGUUGGAAUAGAAUGCUUCUCUGGACUUAAACUGAAAAACUGUUGUCAGAACACAUCAUGGGAAGAAGAAUACAGAGAAGACGGCUAUAAGUAUUAUUAUUUAAACAACUUCAACGAUUUGCUGCAUUCUUACGUGACAUUGUUUGAAUUGACGGUGGUCAACAACUGGAUGAUAAUAAUGGAAGGGAUUGUUUUCGUGACAUCAGACUGGGCUAGGAUAUACUUCAUGUUAUUUUACAUUGUCAUGAUGGUGGUUGUGACCAUCAUUGUAGCGUUUAUUCUUGAAGCCUUUCUCUUCCGAACUAAAUAUCAUAAAGAACAUCGUACUGACGAAGAGGAGGACAUGAACAUAAAGAAAGAAAUAACAGUUACCUAUGAAGAAUUCCUGCACUUGGAAGAAGAAUUUCGGCACUUGGGAGAAGAAUUUGUGCAAGACCUGCAGCCUAAUCAGCCUGUUAGGUAUAUAGGAAAACGUUCCCAAACAAAAAUGGAUUUGAACAUAAAAAUGUACGCAGAUGAAGUCAAGCAAUGGAUUAAAAAUGAACGGGUAACCGCGUAUAUCGAUAUGUCAGAAACUUAUGCGCAGUCUGAAGUUAUGGAAGAAGAGCCUGAUAUAGGAUUGGUAAAUGAGGUGGUACGCGAGGACGAGGAAGUAUGAUAACAACUCACUUAGGUCGAAUGGCAUCAAACGCGCGAGUUACCAUGGUUACAUACAUUAGGUAGCUUUUUACCUCUAGAUUAUCAUCAAAACUGGAAAUUUCAAAUUUCAAUUCUUUCCGCUACAUUGUGUUUCAUAUUUUCCAACCUGAAUAUGUUGAUGAUCACUAAUAUCUUACUGAGUGUUUGUAUCGUCCACUUCUCAUUUUAGCUUUUUAGCCUUUUUAUUCCGUUUUAAUCUU